GGCCCUUUGAAAUUCAUGUGUGGUCGGUUGGCGGGCGUGUGAGAGGACAAUCAUGUGUGGGGGCGAACAGGAGAUUGAAGGAAUGGAGUUGAAUCGCAAACUGAUCAAGUACAAAGCUGCAGUGUUAGAGCAGGAGGAAGAAAAGAGACGUUUUCAAGCGAAAAGUAUGCAGCAUGGGAUCAGUGCAGCAGCUCCGUCUGCUGCUGCUCCACCUGCGCGACCAAGAUCUGCAUCUCCAGCUCCUUCAGCUUCUAACGCUAUCUUUCCUUACCAGCCAAGACCACACUCCGAGCAGUACAAUGGCGCGGCGAAUUGGAACAACCAAUACCGCGGCAACCAAUCGGAGAUCGCGGCGCUGCUUCGCAAAUUGGUUAACAGCGAUAGGGAAAAACGGGAGCGAAAACGGGAGAUCGAGGAGAAGAGGGCGAAAGAGGAAUUGCUCGCCAAGGAAAAAGAGGAGGAGAAACAGAAGCGUGAAGAUGAAGAGAUGAAAGAAGCCGCCCGAGAGGCCAGAUUGGCAAAUCUUAUGGCGGAACAACUAGCCGCGUUUGAGGCAAGGAAGAAGAAGGAGACUGAUAAGAAGGAAGAUGAGACUGUUUUCAAGAAAGACCCUGCGAAAGGGAAAGGCAUAGCCACUGAGGAGAUGCCGAAGAAGAAGGGCGGCUGCUUGAAGAUAGGUGAGGGAGACAACAAGAAACGGAAUCAGGACGUUCUCAGAGGAGGAUCGCCGGUGCUACCAGACACAGGAAGACAGAAGACGGAAGUGGAUAACGGGUUCAAUGCACUUGAUGCCGGACUCUUCUUGAUGAACCUCAACAGGGUCACGCGUGCAGUCGAAGCUCAACAGGCAGCCUUUAGCCAGAUAGUGAGAGAAGGGAAGAAAGUUGUGGUCGCUUCUACCAGUGCCGGCGGAAGGAAGCAGUAUCUCGAAGAUAUGAAGAAGGAAUUGAUGAAAGAAUACAAGGCGGAUCUGGAAGUACUCUGCAGAAAGGACAACAUCAAGUACAUCAACAAGAAGCAGGCCGUUAAUGAGCUUGCCGAACUGCGCACAAGAGACGCCUACGGAGACACCGAAGAAGACGAGGACGGCGACCUGAUCAACGACACAGGGUCUGAAUCUCAAGAGGAGAAUCCCUCUUGAUAUCCUUUUGGGAUACAGGAUGGCUGUGGGAAAGAGUGCACAGCCUCUGUCGUAAACGGGAAUCUGCUAAUAUGAG